AUGGUCCGGGGAAAGACGGUGAUCGAGAAGAUCGAAAACACCACAAGCCGGCAGGUGACCUUCUCCAAGAGGAAGGGUGGGCUGUUCAAGAAAGCCAAGGAGCUGGGCGUGCUCUGUGAUGCGCAGGUAGGGGUGCUCCUCUUCUCCAACACAGGACGCCUCUACGACUACUCCAACUCCAACUCCGGGUACGCUGCUUUAAUUUCGAACCUUUGCUACUGA